GGAGAAUUUCAGUGUUGGGCAGAGACAAUUAUUGUGUCUUGCUCAAGCAUUGCUGCGAAGGUCAAAGAUUCUUGUUCUUGAUGAAGCAACUGCAGCAGUUGAUGUUAAGACUGAUGCUUUUAUCCAGCAAACCAUUCGUGAAGAAUUCAAAUUCGCACAAUGCUAAUUAUAGCUCACAGAAUAAAUACCAUCAUUGACUGUGACCGGAUUCUUGUGCUUGAUGUCGGUCAGGUUCUAGAGCACAAUACUCUAGAGGAACUGCUAGCUAAUGAAGAAAGCACAUUCUCUAAAAUGGUUCAAAGCACACAGCCUGCUAAUGCAGAUAGAUAACUUCUGAUGCUGCUCUUUCAGGUUCUAGAGCACAAUACUCUAGAGGAACUGCUAGCUAAUGAAGAAAGCACAUUCUCUGAAAUGGUUCAAAGCACACGGCCCGCUAAUGCAGAAUAGUACGUAGCUUAGUUUUUGGAGGUGAGGAGAAUAGGUUGAGUAUAGAACAUGCCACGGGGUUCGAUGGUCAGAUGAGAUGGCAGGCAUCAUCCCGCUGGGCUGCUGCUGCACAGUUUGCCCUAGCUGUUAGCCUCACUUCUUCACAGAAUGACCUUCUAAGGUUUGAUAUUGGAGAAGAUAUGAGCAAUAUCGUCCAGAAAACUGAAGAUGCGGUCACAACACAGCAGGGUGUUUUGGAGGGAAAGCAUGAUGAAGUUAUAGAUGAUAUGCUUCACCAGCACCAAGUUCGCAGAGAUGGAUGGUGGUCAGCUUUUUACAGAAUAAUUGAAGGUCUUGCUGCAAUGAGCAGGUUAGCUCAACAUAACAGGCUCAACAAUCAGAGUUCUACUCCGAAGCCAGAUCCAUAGAUUGGGAUGAUAUUGAAAUAUAAGCAGAUAACUAGAGGUAAAUAUUUUAAUAAAAGAUUGGAGCGGACAGCUGCAUCUUGAUGAGCCCGAUAGUAAAAUGUCAAUUUUAUAAUGUCUGAUAUUCCAAAUGGGGAGGAAAGGAACUCAAUUGCCGUGCCACGUAAUUUUAAACGAGCAUGUGGCUCCUUGAUUGAUUUGGUGUUGUGACUCAAUUAUGUGAUUCUAAAUAAGUUUAUUGGAAUUCGAAACAAAGCCUGCAGCCCUGCACCUGAAUGAACCAUGACAAUUCAUUUUUGGUGGUGGGACUUUGGAUUUUCCUCUCACGAAAUACAUGAUUAUUUGUUGGGGGCUGUAUGGCUGUGUUGUACGAUGAACAACAAUGAAUCAAAUGGCAUCAAACAUCGAAUUAAUGGCUUGAUGAGGAAAGUACCCCAUAUUAGCCGCUUCAUUGUAGCAUUCAACUGUUAUCCGCAUUAGAAGUCGACUGAUCAACCAUCAAAAAACUUGAAAUAGGAUUCUUUUGUCGUGCUCCGCCAAGAUCAUCAUCGCUAGCAGUGAUGGAUGAAAGUGACAAUUCCCUGCACAUGGUUUUGUUUCCUUAUCGUUAAUUUCUACCCUCAUUCCUCAAACAUGUACGAUGUCAACUGUCAAAUCAAAUAUAUUUUAACACUUAACAGAAAGAAGAGGAGCAUUUCCACAGAAAGUGAUAAUCAACAGAACCAGUCUUAUGAUAAUUCAGUGAAGUAGAAAAACAACAUUAUAUCGGAAUUUUUCAUGACACUUUUUGGUCAAAUUUCCAUUUAAUGUUUUGCAGUGUGAAAUUAUACAAGCUAAUAUAAUCAAAACUUCACUGAUUAAAAACAUUUAUCUUUCUCUAAAGUUGCAAAACAUCUAUGCCUUCUCAAUUUAUGUUGAAGUGGUAUGAAAUUAAUCCUUUGUUGACAUUGGAGGUGCUAGUUUCUUUCUUAAUGAGAAUGUACAUUGAAUUUGAUUGG